AUGAAUCAAGGCAAUUCAAAACCGGCACUGCAGAUUAUACGGCAUGCGAAUGUCUCAAACACAUUGCGCUGGCAGGCCAAGGACAGGCUUUCUUACAAGACUGGUCCCCAUGCAACCGUGUACCUCAUCAACGGCGACAGAUACAUUGGCAACUGGAAAGACAAUAAACGGCACGGAAAAGGCAUGCAUUUUUAUAAAAAGUCGGGUAAUGUAUACGAAGGAGAAUGGGAGAACGACCAACGACAAGGGUUUGGUACACUUUCAGUUCCACUCGCCUCGACUGAAUCGUCUGAUCCCACCAAACCUAAACCUCCUCGCGCAAAGACUCCUCCAGUCGAGUCCGAGUCGAUUUUCUCCAGUAUCAACACAUCGACAAAAAAAAUAGAUGAUACGCUUGUUGAAUUGAGAAAAGUGUAUGCUGGUGCAUGGGCAAAUGAUUGUCGUCAUGGUAUUGGCACGUUUUUUUACGAUCUGGGUGGGGUGUAUGAAGGAUCUUGGCAAAAUGAUAUGCGCGAGGGAUGGGGUAGAAUGACCUAUCCAGACGGAUCAGUCUAUGAGGGUGAAUGGCAUAUGGAAAACCGACAUGGUCAGGGGAUUUUGUUGAUGGCAAAUGGCGAUAGAUACGAAGGAAUGUGGCUUUCAAAUGAAAAAGAAGGACCUGGCAAAUUUGUAUAUCGCACGAAAAGACAAGUCUAUGAAGGAGAGUGGACUAAAGGGAUGCCAAAGUGUGGAAUGCUCAAAGAUUUGCCACCAUUGCCUGGACAGAAAGAUCGGCAAUACGCCAUCCCUCAGAUCAUGCUAAGUGAUCCAAUGGAAAUUCUUGACAAGGAGAGGCAGCAAAUCUACGAGGAACGUAUCCAACGUAUGAUGGGUGGCAAUUGA